AAGUACAUCAUGGCAACAUUCAAAAUGGCCUUCGAUUCUCUUCCUCCUUCCCUCUCUUCUUCUUCCUCCUAUGUUCUCCCCGACCAUAUGAGACCUGAUCUCCAACACGUAUCCCACGCCAUCUCCCUACCCACCAUUGACUUAGAUCUUCACGAUCAAUCCCUUCUCGUCCACCAAGUAUCGGAAGCCUGCCAAAGCUUCGGCUUCUUCCAAGUCAUCAACCACGGGAUCCCACAACGCUUAUGCGACGCCGUCUUGGACACCACCACCCAAUUCUUCCACCUCCCUCCCGAACAAAGAAACCAAUACGUGACCACGGAUCACACUAAGAAAGUUAAAAUCUUCAAUUACUACGCCAAGGACGUGGAGGGGCGGAAGAUCAAUCUGUGGAGCGAAACCUUCACGCUUCCGUGGGAUCCGGCGGGGCAGGAAUUUCUAAAUCACGUACCCCAAAACCCACCUCAGUACAGGGAAGUGUACGGGGAGUACUCCAGGGAAAUGGGAAGGUUAAUGGAAAGGGUUUUGGGGCUCAUGUCGUUGGGGCUGGGGCUUGACGAGGGGGCUCUCAAGAGAAGCAUAGGGGAGAAGCCGGAGCUGUACUCGCAGGCUAAUUACUAUCCCCCCUGCCCACAACCAGAGCUCACCAUGGGCCUCGGCACUCAUACUGAUAUUGUGGCCAUUGCUGUGCUGUUGCAGUCCCAAGAGGCCGCUGGCCUUCAGAUCAUGAAAGAUCAGCAAUGGGUCUCUCUCCUUCCUCAUCCAAAUUCAUUGGUAGUUAACGUGGCCGAUCAAAUUCAGGUAUUGAGCAAUGGAAGGUAUAAAAGCGUGAUCCACAGGGCUGUAACCAACCGUGCGAGGAGAAGAUUAUCGCUAGUAAUGUUCUAUGCACCCAACGACGAGACGGUGAUCAAGCCCAUUGAGGAGCUGACGGACGAACACCACCCGCCCCUCUACAAAACCUUCACUUACAAACAAUUCAUGCACGAAUUCCGCGCACAAGAAGGAACAAUAAGAAGAGUCAAGGAGACUUUCCAGCUCACCAACUCUCUCAACACCUAAAUGCUUGCUUGUUCCUUUAACCAAAUGGGCCCUCGGCCCAAUUCUGUACAACACCCAAUGCUGUUCUGGACCAAAACACCAUUUCUCUCCCUUUGUUCUUGAAUGAAAGUAGUAAAUACGAUGCCACAUCAGAUAAAUGGUUGGUUA